AUGGCAUCAGCUUCUUCACCCUCAUCAAUACGAGCAACACAGCAUUUGGGUGGUCAAAAGCAGCCAUCAUCCAUGUAUUAUAAACCAUCUCUUGCACCGCAAAUAAAACACGGCUCUUCCGCAUCCUCCCCAAAAAAGAUCAUCACCGUUUCACCACCCAGCUCUGCAACCAACUCAUUCGUUUCUCUCAGCCCACCUCAACAAAGUAUCAAUGAACACGACAAUCGUCAACCGGAAACCCUUCCAUUGAAACCAAAUUGGACGCAUCGCGACAGCAAUAAUACCAAUGGACAUUCAACAAGCAUAGCACAAUCAGAGAUACAGGCGCAGGGAUCAUCAUCAUCGUCAUCGGCUCUUGUCGGUUUCCGACCGCUUUCUCGUGCAACCAGCAACAGUGGUAGCAUAGCAACCGUAUCCAGUGCAAAAACGAUUACUCCAGCAAUGGUCAAAAAGAUACAUUACCUUCGGGCCAUGACGGUGCAUCUCGCCAAUGCAUAUCAGAAACGAGAUCAUGCCUUUGUUUUUGAACAGCAAAACAACCCAAGACGAUUACUCACACGACCCGGCAAACCAGCAAAGAAUGAUGGUUACGACAACAAGUUUGAUGAUUAUAUCUUGAGAGUGCAUGAUACGCUUGGACCCAAAGACAAGCAGUAUCGCGUCAUUGAUUUGCUGGGAAGUGGUACAUUUGGACAAGUCGUCAAAUGUGAACGUGUGCCAACCAAGGAGCUGGUCUCGGUCAAGGUGAUCAAGAACCACAGGAAUUUUCGAAACCAGAGUUAUUUGGAGGUGGAUACGCUGAAUUGGCUACAUAGCAGAUUAUCCAAGAGGGAUCGCACAGAGCGCAUCUUGAAGCUUCAUCAUUCUUUCGAUCACAAGAAUCAUCUUUGCAUCGCCUAUGAGCUCUUGUCAUAUAGCCUUUACGACCUUCUCAAGCAAAACAAAUUUCGAGGAUUGCCAAUGUCCAUGGUACGCACCUUUACGGUUCAGCUGCUUGAGACGCUUGUUCUUCUUAAGGAGGCUAUGGUGAUCCAUUGCGAUUUGAAACCCGAGAACAUACUACUCAAAAGCGUCGAUUCUCCAGAGAUCAAGGUCAUUGAUUAUGGUUCAGCUUGUCACAUGAAUUCACCACGUCGCAUCACGUAUAUACAAUCGAGAUUUUAUCGUUCACCCGAGGUCAUUCUUGGUUUACCUUUCACCUACGCUAUCGAUAUGUGGUCCCUGGGAUGUGUUGUGGCAGAGCUAUUUUUGGGUGCUCCCUUGUUACCAGGUGAAUCCGAAUAUCAUCAGCUAAGGAGGAUCACGGAUAUGCAAGGUCCACCACCAGCCUACAUGUUGGAUGAAGGAAGCAACACCAACAAAUUUUACAACCGAACUCGGAUACCAAAUGAGCAAAAGUUACCGCCAUCAAAUUCUUCAGCUACCAACAACACGCAGCACCUUUAUCGGCUGAAGCCUGAUUUGCAUCACAUUGCAGAGCGACCAAGGACAAGUUUGACGGAUCUGAUAUUGAAUUAUGAUGGUUCUUCCUUUGCUGAAAGGGCGCGUAAUCAAAUGACAGGCCAAGCUCCAGCUAAGAAAACAUUGACAACCCAAGAAUCCCAAGAGCGUUAUUCACUAGCCAAUUUUCUUCAAGGACUGUUAACGAUUGAUCCGAAGCAGCGAUGGUCACCAGAGCAGGCACUUGGCCAUCCAUUUGUGAAAGGCGAGCAGUUUACAGGACCUUAUCUACCACCGGCGGCAGCAAUUGACAAGCCUACAUCAACUAAAUCGCCUCAACAGCCAUCCACUGUCAACGUAUCGCCACCACAACCGUCAUCUUCAUUGGAAGCAGUCAACUCAAAAUCACCAUCCAAGAACGACCAAAAAGCAACGUUGCCUACACCAACGUCACCGCACAUGAUACCCAAUUCAAGUAAAAAUCAGCAUCCUUCGCAUAAGCAAUCGGAUACUACUAUGCCUAUCAACAUUGUACGACCACGUCCCCAAUCCACUACACAAAUCGAUCGUCUUCUAGGCAAGUCAACUGCUCCUGUUCAGCCAUCUCCUUUGAGCAAGUUUCAUCAAAAUGCACCCACCGCUACCAAGAACAAUACAAUAACAGCAACAACAACAACAACAACCAAUAUCAACAACCCUUCAGCUGCUGCAACGUCAAAUAAGGAUGAGAAGAGUGGUGCAACGAAUAACACGACACGACGAGUCAAGAUUGCACCCAUGGUCAAGAUGCGUCGUGGUUCUCAUGAUUCUUUUUGUAUGCCGGAUGAGAUACGUCGCACCUAUUCCUCUGUCUCAACAGUGCUCAAGGGGGAAAAGAGCUUCUAUAACCAUGGCAACCAUAGUACACCGCAUCUCCAGUCGUCGUCAAGUGCACUAGGAUCGGAUGGUGGCGAUACAACGGAUAUAGAUGAUGAUCAUUAUCGCACGCUUUAUGGUGCCAAUCACUUUAUUAUCAACAACCAGAAUAGCAGUAGUAGUUUUAGAACGUUGUCUUCUAGACAUGCAGGAGAAGCUGCUGGUGGAUUAAGGAUGAUGGGUGUACAUAACAAAAAGUGA